UCUCCAAUUGAUGUAAAAUAUGUUAAAUGUGUUUGUAUUUCAAAAAUGGAUUAGUGGCUAAAAUCACAUGGAAUAAUGUAUUUGGUGCGGGAAAUAUGCAUGUUUUAUCAAUAGAGCAUUUUCAUGAAAAAUAUAAAAAAAAAUUCACUGCCGGUCUAUGGGUAACCGAGUUCUUGGAUAGUUCUUUUAUCCUGAGUAGUGGCAUCAAAAGUUUAAAUGUUAGAAAAAGCCCGUGACCGGAAACAUUACAAUGUGGGCCUAUGGAAAUUGAGUUAGUUCCCGCUGACCUGAUGGAUAGUAUUAGUAUUAGUGCGUAUAUGAGUUACUUCCCUUUUCAGUUAUAUUGACCUAUUUGUUGGCUGAGUCACUUUAUUUUUAUUUUGGAACUAGUUGAAAAUGGAUUUUCAUCACAAUAAAUUGUUGUGAGUUCGCACACAUUUCAAAAUAGUUAACGACAAUGUAAGUUUUACUUCAUUUAAAUAUUCAUGAAAACUUUCAAAAAGUGUUGUUUAUAGAUAACUAAACAUCGCGAAAUCUUCGUUUUUUACUAAAACUACGUUUAUGCAUGAUGCAAAACAUCUUGCAUUAAUCAAGAUAACAUUCGCUGAAUCAGAUAAAAUAUUGUUUAGUUUGCUAAACUUCUUUGACGAACACGGCAUUUAAUUAAACUAUGGAAUUUGUUAAACUCUUCAACUAUUUUUACCAGACUUCGUGCGCUGCUGUUGUAUUUAUCUGCGCAUUAAGCGGCGCGUCCAUGCCAAAAUUGAUCCUGAUAUCAAUGGAUGGAUUUCAGUUCGAUUAUCUGGAUUUAGUUGCACCAAAUGAAGCUAAAAACUUCCAGUUUAUGAUAAGAAAUGGAGUGAAAGCUAAAUCAAUCAUGAAUGUUUUCCCGACAAAUACUUAUCCCAACCAUUACACGCUUAUCACUGGAUUGUACCCAGAGAGUCAUGGAAUUGUAGACAACAAAUUUUAUGAUGCGGUGUGGAACGAGUAUUACCACUUCGAUAACAGGAGGGACAACGUUGAUCCAUUCUGGUAUGAUAUUGGAGCAGAGCCGAUUUAUGUCACAAAUAAAAAAGCAGGUCCUUUGCGGAACUCGGGCUCGGUUGUUUGGCCAGCAGGUAUCGGAAAAGUCAAAGGUAUUGGAAUCGACAGGUUUAUUUCUUACGCAGAUUCAUGGUCCCGCAUUAAUAACACUGAACGUGUUGACACGAUAAUCUCGUGGUUCACUGAUAAGACUGUUCCUAUUAAUUUAGGACUCCUGUACUUUUUGGAGCCGGAUGAAAUUGCUCAUGCAACCGGCGGAGGUUCUAAAAAUGUUACAGAUAUGAUCAAAGGUGAAUUAGAUAACGUGUUAGGACAUUUAUUCAAGAAAUUAAAGGAGAACGGUCUCCUUGAUGAGAUGAAUAUAAUUUUAACAUCUGAUCAUGGCUUUGUAAACUACAGCAAGGAUAAGGCAGUGUUACUUAAUGAUCAUUUGAAUUCGUCUUGGUAUAAAACAGGCUCUGUUCAGUUUGGAAAUUAUGGCGUUACUAAGAAUAUCUUUCCGGAGCAAGGACAAGAAGAAAGUGUGCUUCAAGCGCUGCGUAGCAUUCCAUAUUUAAAGGUGUACAGAAAAGGUGGCAGCGAGUUAGAGAGGCUACACUACAACUCUAGUACAAGGAUAGCCCCUAUUGUUAUCACUGGAUCUGAAGAGGGAGUGGUUAUAUUUCCAGAUGAAGCUAGUCGAGACAGGAUGCCAGAUGUUGGUGUCCAUGGAUAUGACCCCUAUCUUGUGCCUAGCAUGCGUCCAUUCUUCAUUGCAAUGGGUCCAGCUUUCAAAAAGGGCUACGUGUUUGAACAGUUUAACUCGGUGGACAUAUAUCCGUUGAUGUGUCAUAUAUUGGGCGUGGAACCUGCUCCAAAUAACGGUUCUUUUGAGAACGUGAAGGGCUUAUUGCGAGAGAAAUCUGUCACGAACAAGACGACUGGCAGUUCAACAACAGUAACCAUACUGGUAAUUUUUGCCGGACUAUGUGCACUACUAGCUGGGAUAUAUUCCUUCUGUACCUGUCAGAAGGCAAGGAAACAGCUUAGACUUGGUAAUAAGAAAGGACCUGAAGUUACAACCUCUGGGUCUGCGACGGUCAGUGCAGACGUUGAACGUCAUGACGAACUUUGUUUAUAAUGUGUGUAUAUCUACAUGGUACAACAGCAUUUUAAGAAAGUAACUGAUCUAGGAUUCACUCACGAUCAAAUGUAAAAAAAAACGUUGUGUGUAUAAGGAAUAAUAGAGUGAUUUAUUAUAUUUCGUUUGAUACUAGUUGCUUUGUCAACAAUGGUACUUCUUUCACAGUGAACAUCCAGCCAAAAUGGUAUCGUUGAUAGAUAUAUUUACUUUCUUUUUCUUUCAAUGUAUUACUAAAUGUAUCAAUGUAUAUAUUAUAUUUGUUUUUCAA